UUUAACAUGACAUUGUUAGUUUCGUGGACAGUGUUCCCGUGAAAACAAACACAAAAAUGAACUCGGUACCAAAAUUCCCGCAGGCUCUAUUUUAUAAACAAGAAAACUUCCUCCAAGCCGCCGUCAAUCCAUCCACGACCUUCAAGAAACGAAAAGGGACAACCGACAAAGGCAAAGACUACGAGCACCUGUAUAUGGCACACCUAAUUUUAAAACUAACCAUAGACGACACCAUCAAGAACUUCCAGCUCUCCUCAAACGACGACGACUACGGCGCCUUCGAUGACGUCAUCGCAGAAAUCGAGCGUACCACCGGCGAAAAAAACAUAUACGCGAUUCAGCUGAAGCACGUAGAUGGUGUUAAAACCCUAACCAAAGACGCUCUAAGCACAAGUUCCAAGAAAGCCAACUUUAGUAUAACGAAAUACUUCCAGGAAGCCCAGCACGUGGCGACAACCGACGUUCCGAUAAAGUUUAUCAUUUUGACAAACAACCGAUUUGGUGUGUCUGAUAACGAGGAAAUUGUUUUGGGCGACGACGAGUCUCGCGUGGUGAUAAGCAAAAGUGAUAAGGAGGCGGUGAUUAACACUUGUGACGCAGGGAAUUGUUAUCGCUUCAGAGCGAAAGUACCUGGAAGCAAGUAUGACGAUUUUUUUGAUAAGUUUGAAUUGUACACCGAUCAGGUGAACGUCGAUAGGAUAAAAAUUGACACGAGGAAUGAGUUUAUGAGAGAGUUUGCUUGCGAUGGGGAGAUUUUUGAAAAGUAUGUGAAAUUUGUAAACGAGUGGAGUAUUCCAGAUGGGCAGAAACCAAAGCUCGACAAAACGAUGAUGAAGCAAAUCGUCGCGAUGUUCUUGAUGUCACCAUACACCCAAAAUUUGGUCUUCCACGAUGAAGCUGUAACUGACGAAACUAAGCUUCUUCAGGAAGCGGUUUCGAAGUUUCGUGUGACGCUCUGUUCUAAAAACCACACUAGGAUUUUACGGAAGUUGUGGAAAGACUGCAAAAGUGGGUUGCCACAAGACAUGGGAGUGCUGAAACGUGGGGCCAAAAAGUAUCAGAUCAUCCGACCCGGAGUCAAUCAUGUCAAAGAUUUGAACGAUGACGAAACCAUGAAGCUUUUGUGGUUAAUGGGUGUGUGCCCGUUGGUCGUCACAGACCACGAGUCUGUCCGACGAGCCAUCAAGCUCUGUCAAAACAUGAUCGUCUUGCUAGUGGAAGAGUCACACGAUUUCGACGACAGUUUUCGGAAGUUGUCUGACUUGUCGGUGUUUCCCGAAAUUUUUGACAACGUUGUUCGAAAAUUUGGUUUUUCGAUGCAAGGAAAAGACAAAAUUGCGCUUGAGAAUUUAGUUCAAGUGGAUGGACGAGUCGUGGAUGUUGUGACCACCAAUGAGCUGCUUUUGAUGUCGGAAGGCAAAUUUGUGGUUGGUGGAAAAGGGGAGAUUUUGCCACCUUGUCACGUGGAAAGAAGACUGUCUAGAAACGUAGUCGACCAUCAGACUAUUUUAAGACUGCAAAACUGUGUCCUUUUUGUGUCAUCCGUGCAAGACAACGACAAUUUCGGUGGUAAAAAUGUCGUCAAAGUCGACGAGUCGUUCUUCGGGGGGAAUCAUCGUCAUACGGAGGAAACCAUCUAUGUAGUUGAAGACGAUUGUUCUUGGUUGCUCUUCGACACGUUCUGUCACACGAUUGGUGGUUUUGCUAACUGCCACCACUUUCGCUACGUCGACGGGAAUUUCGAGUGGAUGGCUAGUAGAAACGGUCUUGGUGACAUGAAACAGCACCUUCUCGAGGGUUACCACGUGGAAGAAAAGUCUCUACAAAGGUACGAGUUCCACAGGAACAUGAACAUCGUCUGUGCUGACCCUGGAAUGGGCAAAACUACCCUCAUGCAAAGCUUGAAAAACCAAAUAUCGUCAGACCUUUGGACGGUUUUAAUCUAUGCUAGAAAUCACUCGCGACACUUCCGUGAACACGCAGACAACGUGGAAACAUUCCACGAACACGUCCUAGACCAAGUCAAAAAGAACCUCACUGAUUUUGAUGUCAAAAUUUUCGAGAUUAUGCGCGAGCAGAACUUGGUUCGUUACAUAUGGGAUGGUUUGGACGAAGUUUCCACUAUGAAUGUAGACUCGGUUCUCAGUAUCAUCGACAAACUUCAUCACAGUGGUGUACAACAAUGGAUAACGUCAAGGUGCAACAUGAAAGAAAAAUUAGAAAUGAAGUUUCGAAUCCCGUCUACGACCCUCACGCCGUUCGACGACACCGAGCAGAAGCGUUACAUCCAACAACGUCUUGACUGCACGCCAGACGAAAUGUUGACGAUCUUCGACAAAAUUAAGACCAACAUCCAGCUCUUCCCGUAUAAUGACAUUCUAGGGAUUCCUUUGCAAAUCUUCAUCAUUACGGAGCUGUUUCGCAAAAACAUGCAGAAGUACCUUGUCAUUCUAGACGAAGUUUUUUCCAUCGCGGAUUUGUACGACCAUUUUGUCGACGAAAAGUUCCAAGUGUAUAACAUCGGGAAGGAAAAAGCCGACGACGACAACGACUUGGUCUACGAAAGAAUCCAAACGGAAAAGAAGCAGAGGGUGUAUCAGUACGAAAAAGCCGCCUUGAGUGUGUACUUACCCCACGACCUAGUCACCAAGUGGUCAAUCAAGUGGAAGAAAUUUUUGACGGAGCUCCAAAACGGCAAAGACCGUUUUGGCAUUAUCAUCCACGUAGACGAUGACAAUUUGGUGCAGUUCGUCCACAACUCCUUCGGGGAGUACUUCACGGCUUUGUACCUUUCGAAACACCUGGAGCGAGUUCCGGAAACUCGAAGUUUUUGGUUUGACGAUAAAUACAGCAACAUCCGAUUUUUCUUCGACUUGAUGUUGGCGAUGAAUAAAGCUCACGUGGCGGUUUUGUACCGAAAUCCGAAACUUCUGGCUAAGUGUGACGAAGACGAAAUUAUCUCGAAAGAUAAAGGGGGGAGAAAUGUUUUACAACUGAUUAGUUCUUGGGGCUUAAGGUGUCCGGAUUUGAACAUCGAAACGAAAAACGGCACCUACAUCAUCGAUAAAGAAAAUAUUGACAUGUCGAGGUUCCGCAAGGGCGAAAGCUCGGACCAUUGCACAAUUCUGGACAAACUGAAGAAAUUGUUUCCUCUUGAAGAAACCGACCACUUGUUUCAAAUGAGUUCGUUCUCGUAUGCGUCGAAAUCGUCGUCGCUUUUGUCUUUGGCGAUGUUGACUUGGAGCUCGUCGAUCACUGACGAUUUUACCCAAAAGUCGAUUUUGAUUUUCUUUUAUUGCGCGGUGGCGGAUUAUGUUCAGAUUUUUGACAUCAUGGACGUGCCUUAUGUCAAGACCACAGACCAUUUGCUUGAGUUUCUUCUAAUUGAGACUCAGUCGGUGAAAAGUUUACGCAGAAUCGUCAACCUCGAAGACUACAAGAAAAAUCUCUCGCAAAGAAGUUCUGAUGGUUUACUUUUCCAAGCGUCUAAGGGUGGCAAUGCCGAAAUUAUGCAGCUUCUUAUCGACAAUGGUGCUAACUUGGACGCACGUGCCAUUGGUAUUGAGGAAAUGCGACCCAUGGUUAUGGUGGCGAUUCAAGGUCACUAUCAAGCUGCUAAAGUCUUGGUUGACAACGGGGCGGACGUCAAUAUUACAGAUCGUCAUGGCUAUUCGGCUAUUCACGCUGCGUGUCAAUAUCAGCACUACGACAUUGUCAAGCUGUUGGUUGACAAUAAGGCUGAGCUUGAUAAUCCGGAUAACAGAAUGGGGACACCUUUACACCACUGUUUGACGAAUGGGAAUUAUGAGAUCGCGCAACUACUUUGUGAGAGUGGGGUUGACGUAAAUAAAAGACCUCCUCACCUGAAGACUCUGGAGCCUAAGUUAAGGUAUAACAUGAUUUUGAAGAAGUACCCCAAGCUCGCUAGGCUGUUGCUACAACAUGGGUACUCUUUGUUACCUAGCUUGGAAGAAAAAGUGGUUCAGUUGAAACAGAGGAUCAGGAUGUUGCGGUACAUUUUGGGAAAGUUGGAACGAGGCGAAAUUGGUGCAUAAUUUCUGUUUUAUUAACUAAGUAAUAAGUGUUCUUUUUUUAAAUAAAAAUUCGUACUUGAAA